AUGACCUACCUCCCCUACAGUGCGGGAAAUCGGUCGUUGCCUGCCUCUCAGGACCGGGACUUCGGUGCCUGUCACAGUAACGUGCCCUGUAAGGUAGGCCUGCCCGCCCUGCCUGAGAGUGGCAAGCCCAUAGCAAACAGUGAACAGGCGAGUGUUUUACCUAAGCUUGCUACGACACGAAGACACUCUUCAAGUUACGAAAAUGCGCACUGGGCCGAGCAACAAGUCAGCACAAAACCUCAUGGAUUGGGACAACUUUUGGAAGCCCUUUCCAUGGCAGCAAUGGUAUGGGAGGCGGAUUUGGAAGACGGCGCAGAUUCAGUGACAGUCACAUUAGUCCAGGGCCGUGACUCGUAUCAGCAACCCGUAGCCAAUUUCGACAACGAAAACAAGGAUGGUGAGGUACCUUACCUUACGCUCGCUACCUGCGUACGGAUACCUACCUUAGCCAGCGUAUCCAAGCCUUGCGACCGACAGAUACCUGCCUCUCGCCACCAUCGUAUCAUUACCUUCUCAAUCAACGCAUUCUUUACCUUCCAGCGACCAUUGUCUAGGACUUCUCCCUCUUUGUCGACCCUGACUGCCGCCGGUUUCCACCCUACGGUCGCUGCGACACAACUUACUACCCCAUUCCUACGACUCAGAAUGCAAGAAACAACAAAUCAAGCAAAGCCAACACCCACUCGUCGCCGACAGAAUCGGGGCGGUGGCGGCAAGGCUGCUGGACAGAAGAUGUACGCAUCAGAGACCGACGUAGCCAAUGUCUCAACCUUGGCGUUCGAACAAGCCGGUCAUCCUCAUACGCCCCAGAAGUCAUACUCUGGCUCACCUGAGCCGCAGUCCGGCAACGGCAACCAGCCUGGCUCCAAACAGCGCUCGCGAAACAAACCUAGGGCUAGGAAUCCCAAUACCGUAGCUUCACCCGACGUCACCCGCCAAAAUCGCCGCUCGACCCCUCAGAGCAUCCCGGUGAACAAGUCGGCAGCGGCCGCUUUCGCUGGCGCAACUUUCCAUGCUUCGCCUGCCCCGUCAGCCCUGCCUAUGCCUAGCUUCUACUCAAAGUCCAUUCCCGAAUCUCCAGGACCCAGGCCGGAAGCUCAACAGCAGCCGUCACCUCCGGCAACCGAACGACAACGUCCCACACCUCAACAUCCUGCGACCGCACCUAGGGCUCGCGAGUCGCCUCUUGACGCCAUUUUCAGAGCCGAUAGAGCUGAAAAGGAACAGGCGCGGCGUUCAAGUUCUCUCAACUCAUCCCUUCAAACAGACGGUUCUGGGUCAACCGCUGCCCCUUCGCCGAGAGAGGCCAACCACGGCUCAUUCGUUGCGAAACCUUACAAUACUCACCCUGGGCAUCGUAUGCCCCUCCAGAGAUCAUCUAGUGGAAUCUCGGCCCAGGAGCUCGACGGCUUUUCGGGAAAGCCCCUUGGCCCUGCCUUCUCCACCCCGUACCAGGAGCGAAUCCGCGCUGCCCGUGCCACUCCCAACCAGUCCCCGAAUGGCACGAGACCCACGCAGGUCUCGCCUGCUGAGGACCGCUCUGAGGCUCUGAAGAAGUAUCUCUUUGGGGGCAAAGGUCUGGCUUCGGCUGCCCAGCCACCGGCUUCGGCUCCGCCAGCUCAAUACGUCCAUAACGGCUUCAUGGGAAAUAAUCCGGCCCCUCAGGGCGACCAAUCUGCCGAUCUCCGCGCCAUGGAGGACAACCUGCGCCGCAUUCUGAAGCUCGAGUCGCCUAUGUCAUCUACACAAUCUGGGGAACGUCCUCUGUACUCUUAG